AUGUGGGUUGUCCUUUCCUUGCUGAUGGCCCUCUGCAGUGGUGCUCUGUCUCUGGACAAACUCAACAUGUGCAUGGAUGGCAAACACCACAAAGUAGAGCCGGGCCGUGAGGGAGACCUUUACGCUCAGUGCUCUCCCUGGCGCGACAAUGCGUGCUGCACGGCCAAUACCAGCUCAGAAGCCCACAACGAUGACUCCUACCUGUACAACUUCAAUUGGGAUCACUGCGGUAUUAUGAGCAAACGGUGCAAGGAACAUUUCAUCCAGGACACUUGUUUCCACGAGUGCUCGCCACACUUGGGACCCUGGAUACAGGAAGUGGAUCAGACCUGGCGUAAGGAACGUGUCUUGGAUGUGCCUCUGUGUAUGGAGGACUGCAACGCUUGGUGGGAAGACUGCAAGAAUGAUUACACCUGCAAGACUGAUUGGCACAAGGGAUGGGACUGGAGCUCAGGUAUUAACAAAUGCCCUAAAAACAGCAAGUGCAGAAUCUGGACUGAAGUUUACCCCACACCCAAGUCCAUGUGUGAACAGAUCUGGUCCAAGUCCUACCUUUAUACCACCUACACCAAAACGUCAGGCCGCUGCAUGCAGCUGUGGUUCACUGGGCCGAACCCCAACAAGAAAGUGGCCCAGCACUACAUCAACAACGCACGGCAACACCAGAGCUUCACCUUGUCAAUGCUGCUUUUCCUGGCUGUUGCACCUCUCUCUGUAGUGAUGCACUGACAUGAUAUCCACAUCAUGCUGUCAUGUGUCCCCAUAGUGGUUCCAAUAAAACUGUUAAUAUCAUGUCGCUGUUGCUUUCUAGUCCUGUUCUGUCUAGUUCCCAGUUGAACUCUCCCUAAUCUGCAUCUGCUUCAUUUUUCAUUGUGAUUUUUAGUUCCCUUGUCCUUCUUUUCAAUUCCUUAUU